GCAUUGCUUUUUCGCUCUUCUUUAUUUUUGAAUUUACCAAAUGGCGCGCGAAUUGACAGACGACCAGAAGCAGAAGAUUGAGGAGAACCGGAAGAAGGCCCUGGAGCGGCUAAAGGCUACCAAGGCGCGCACGGACACAGCCAAACCGCCCGAGCAAAAGAAACGGCUGCGCGGAUCGAAAAUGUCGACAAACUACUACGAGUACAACCUCACAACCAUGCGCGACACCAAGGCAGGCUUCAUCGAAGAAGACCCCCAGAAAUCGCCCGAGAAGCGACGCAAAAUCCUUACUCUGGACGAGAUCCCCUACGACCCGUCGUCGACACAGAAAUGCCGCGAAUGUGCGUCGCUUGACCUGGACGUCGCCUACCUCAAGGUGUUCAAGGUCCCUGUGUGCCGCAAGUGCAUAGAGAGUGUGCCUGACAAGUACUCGCUGCUGACAAAGACCGAGGCCAAGGACGAUUACCUACUGACAGACGGAGAGCUCAGGGACAGGGAGCGGCUGCCCGUGUGGGAGAAGCCGAAUCCGCACAAGCAUACGUGGAACAACAUGCUGCUGUAUUUGAGAGAGCAUCUGGAGGCAUUUGCCAUUGAAAAGUGGGGCGGCCUGGAGGAGCUCGACGGCGAGUUUGCCCGGAGGGAGACAGAGAAGCAGGAGCGAAAAGAAAGGAAAUACAAGAAGUCGGUAGCUGAGCUGCGCAAGCGAACCAGGGUCGAGGAGUGGGAGCGGAAGCGCCGCGAACGGCUCAGGAUUGAGCAAGCGCACGAACACACGUUUGAGGCUAUCGGCGAUGACAGCUGCGAGCAGAAAUGCACCAUCUGUGGGCUGACUGUUGAGGUCGAAGAGUUUUAAGAAAGCAUUCGUUGAGAAUAAACGGCU